AUGGCGGCGUCUGGCAACAGUAGGGGGGAGCGGAAGAUCAACAUCCUCCGCUGGAUCUUCCUCUACCAUUGCCUGACGGAGGGGCAGCAGAAAGAGCUGCUGCAGUCCAUCGGUGAGCAAAAGCAGCCCAAUUACGCGACUGACAGGAACUUCACGCUAUCGGUAGAUCGUCCAGCGUACGUCCUUUACUACAACAUCGCUCUGGUGCUGCGGGAGCGGCUUUUCUGCAAAUACAUGCACCUGGUGUGGAACAAAUUUGGCAGGGCUGUGAUACUAAAACUCGCCAUCACCGAGACCAUGAUUCGGAGCAAAGAUCCACAGCUGUCUGUGGACCUGCUGCAUAUGUUCCGCUCGUUGGAUUAUUACCGCAAGACCACCACGACAUACGAAAAGGUUUUGACCAUCAAACCUGGAAGGGUUAAUGCGGUCUUCGCAGAAAUGCUGGAGCACAGACUCAGCCUGUUCAUGACGCUUGGCCUCGCUCCCCCCAAAGAUAUCGCAACCCUGUUUUUGUCUCCGGAUAGGCCAUCGCAAUUUCCGUACCCUCCCAACUUCAACUUCGACGAGACGAUGUUGCGUCUUUUCGGCACCAACACAGAGGAGGUGGUGCAAUCCGAUCGCUUUAAAAAAGUUAGAUUGCAGGGGCCAGAGGGGCCUCAGGUCGAUUUCCCCCUGCCGUGGACGAACGGCGUGCCAACCUCUAAGGAGGCGGGGCUCUACGAACCCUCAAGGCCCGAACAGACCUGGAACAUGAGUAAGAUACACAUGGCGCUGCACACGGAUUUCCACCCCUCCGAGGUGAACAAAAAGUUCCGCAACAACUUCAACAACCUGGUGCCGAGGGAAACGGAUGUCGUUGUUGUCGGCGCUGGCAUCGCAGGUCUGGUUGCGGCAAGCUACCUCAAGUCGUGCGGCGUUGAUGUGGUUGUUCUGGAGGGCAGGGACAGGGUUGGGGGGCGUGCGUGUACCACCUCAUUUCCCGCACGGAGGUGCGGCGGCAAGAACGUCCCUGAGGUCAAUAUUGAUCUGGGCGCGAACUACUUUCACUGCUGCAACGUCACCGACGCCGGGGAGGGCGAGCACCGGCCAGACGCUGUGAAGGAUGUGCGGGCACGGCGGGCGCACUUCAAGUCGCUCAUGGGCAUCUCCUCCGAGAUUAAGCCGGCCGUCGCCGACGUCGCUGGUGGUGCGAACUGGGAGUCGACCGUGUACACGCGCUGGUGCGACUUCGAGGGUAAGCAGAUCAAGAUGGAAAGCGUUAUAAAGGCCAACAUGAUCGCCGAGAAAAUACGCGUGCGUGCGGCCCGCAAGGUCCAGUGCAUGAAAAAGUUCAUGAAGAACCCCCCCGGGAACCCUAACCCCACCAACAGUUCGAGGCACCUCUGGUACGUCCGUGAGGGCCUGUAUCGUGAAAUCUUCAACCGCCCGCCACAGAACACAGGUUCGAUGUGUCCUGAGGCAUUUGACUUUUCUUCGCGCGCCACUGCAUCCCCGUUCCCCUCCUCCCAUGUAGGAUACGCCCCAUUGGUUGAAGACUACAACCCAACUGGCAUCCCGUCGGUGCAAUACGCGCCACAAUACCCCAACAUGUUCGCACACGGCAGUGAUAGUGCCGUGUUGCACGGAUACGCCCCGAUACCCAACUACGGGGCUGUUUACGCUCCCGCCGGCCACAAGCCGGUUGGCGUUGUCGACAAAACUGUCAGCAGCAUUCCUCCGCAAUCGCAAUGCACCUACAACGGCGGCGCUCCGGGCGGAGUCUAUGUCGAGCAGCCGUACAGAAACUGGAGCCCACCCCCUGGUUGUUCGCUGCCGACGAAUCAGCACUGCACGGUCAACAAGCCGGACUACUCGAAAAACUGGGACGCGUACGGCGUGAUGGAGAAGCUCCUGAAGAAUUCACCGCUCGGGGUUCCGCGCCACAUCAACGUCAAGGCGCCGUGCGACUCGAACGCCUACCUCUAUGACGAGCAGGGCAACCGCAAGUCGCUGUGGGACAUAUACAUCGAGUCCAUCACCGAGGUCUUCCAGGAGAACGUGCUCUCGCCGCAGAACGUGACCGACACGGAGUGGAGCAUGAUUUUCGUGAUUCUGCAGUCGCGCAUAGGGUACAACAGCGACCUGCGCGAGACAUGCAUUUCGAUGUGUCGCCUUCCCAACAUCGACGAGGAGUUUGACGACUCCCUGUACUACCUGUCUAAGGAGAACUGGAUUCUGAACAAUCGGUACGUGUGGCAGCACUACACACAGCACACCUCCGUGAAUAAGAAGCCGUUCGCCUGCCAAAACGACAGUGACAAGCUGGUAAUCGACGGCUGGGACUGGCUGCUCGACGCCAUCAGCCAAGGUGUCGAGCACGACGUGUACCUGAAAUCAACGGUCACCGAUAUCCACGUGCAGAUCGGAGACAUGGAGUACCCGGUGAGUGUGCAGGUUUGUGGGCCGAAGGGAACGUGGCACCCCCCGAAGCUCAUUCGCGCCAAGUACGCUAUCAUCGCGGUCCCCAGCAGCAUGAUCUCGCCGUUUUCGAACGGCAGGCAGUACCCGAACCAGAUAGUGCUCAGCCCUCCCUUGAACUCACUGAAGAGCAUGGCGUUGCUGCGCUACAAGAUGGGCCACCAUAACAAGGUGAUCCUGAGGUUCAAGGAAGCCGACGUCUUCUGGUCUGCACAAACGCCGCAGCUGAACACGCUGGACCCGCGUUUCCAGUUCAUCAAUCUGCACAUGUACGGCAAGUUGGGCUGCAUUCUGGCGCACUGCUUCCCCCCCUUCAGCACCACGUGGGGGGCAGUAGGCGCCGAGGCGGAGAUCGUCAGGCAGUGCCUGGAGGUGCUGCGAAUGUCCUUCGGCAUCGACAUGGCCAACAUGCCGUACCCCAUUGAUGCGAUGGUGACCAGCUGGUAUCGCGACCCCUUUGCCAUGGGCUCCUACUCCUACCCCGGCGUGAACGCUGCCGACGACGACAUCAUCCACCUCAAAAGCCCGCACCCUAUCGAGUUUCCGCGUGUGCUGUUCGCGGGUGAAUACCUCUCCAGCAGUUACUACCAGUGCGUUGACGGAGCGUACGACACCGGCAUGCGCGCGGCGGAGGACGUGGCCCACCUCGGGCUGUGCAAGCCGUACCCCUUCCCGCUAACGGCCGACAGCCCGUCUCUGGACGGGAUGUACAACCCGAUGAUGAGGGAGAAGUACCUCGGGAUACCGGUGCCGCUGCCCGAGGCAGACCUGCUGGGCUACUACCUCACCGACGGGAGCGACGACCGCAUCACUGACGACGAGGCCGACGACAGGAUCCUGGGGAACUCGGGAUUGCUGGGCGACGAGCUCAUGGUGAUGGAGCGCGCGAGGUGCCUGCUCGACGUCGACACCCUGCAUGUCAACAGCUACCAGAGGGACGCCAAAGCUGUUAUCGACUGCAUGGAGGUUCUUCGCGGGAGAAACCAUUGGAACAGCCCGCUGGCUUCGCUGUUAAACAUCCUGACUGCCGUGAUUCAGGCUUCUCAGACCCCCGGGGAGCACGUCACGGGCGGCGUGAUGAACAUGAGGUGCCAAAGUGCGGCCAACGCGAUCUUGCAGAAGUUCCUCGCGCUGGAGGGCGUGCGCCACGAUUACGUGUGCCACGCGUGCCUCGCUGGCGGCGAGGUGAUUAUGUGCGACUCGGCGUCCUGCAACAAAGUGUGGCACGAGGAGUGCCUGCCACCGCAGCUAGGUGAGCUUGUCAAAGACACCAAUGCGCAGUGGCUGUGUCCAUGCUGCCGUGGGAUGGACAUACAGCGCGGCCAGUACAGCGUUCCGCGGGCGCUGGCGCAGUACUGGCGGCGCCGCGGUGUGUGGUGGUGUGUGAAGGCGCUAAUGCGGCACUGCCACACUGUUAGCAGGAGGAUAACCUUCCUGCACAAACGCGUCUCUCACCCCAAACAGAGAACGUGA